AUCGUCUCCAAGAGCAAGUAGCGAGCGUACUAUUAAUAGUAUCUUCUCACAAUCCAGCGCGGAGAGAGUGAGAUCGAGAGAUAGAGCUUCCAGCGAGAGCAAGAGGAAAACAACAACAACCAAUACCCAUGAUGAGCACCCUCCCGUUUCUACCUGCCAACCUCACCCACCUUGUGUUUGUGGUGGAUCAUGCUCCAGGUCACUCCUUCCAACCAGAGCCGCCAAGACAAAGAAUGAGACGGUCUACUACAAGUAGCAGACAAAGAAGCUCCGUGUCUUCCAAGAGUGACGAAAUGGAUAGUAGCAACUUUAGCGUCAGCAGUGCGGCCAGUACUGGUAGUAGUGGCUUGGAGAGUUGUUGUCUCAGUAUCAACAGUGGUGAUGCCAGCAUCCAGCGGGCGACCGUGCCGCACCGUGGCAGCCCAGGUAUGAAGAGCGCACCCAAAAAGCCGCGCAGAAGAAACACCCCUCCAGCAGGCCUGGAGGCUAGUACCAUGGAGGACCAUCAGAAACCACAAAGACGAGGAUCCAUGGAGUGUCAUCAGAAGCAGCAAAGGCGAGGAUCAUUGGCCCGUAGUAAAGUUUCGCACAUGGGCACUUCGUCUUCCAUCCACAAGAGCGGUCUCACAUUCUGAGAGUGCAGCAGAUGGAUUAUGAUGCAUGUACAUAUUGGUCCAACAGGUACCGGUACGGUACACCGUUGACCGUCGACCGACCGGAUCUAGCCAGCUACUAGCUGGCGUGAGGUAGAUUCGACUGCUUGGGCUUUACACAACUAAAAUGGAAGCAAAAGAAAGGGAUUUGUGGUUUGACUUCGAAGUUUACCGUACAUGUACCGACUUAGUUGGAGAGUGCCGUGCCGGUACCGAUAGAGACGACCACAGUAAAGAAAGUUUGGGUACCGGUAGAUGGGGCUUCUUGUUUUCCUAGAAUUGGUGCCAGCCUCCAGCAAUUCUAAAGAUCUGGAUGGAACGUCCCUCUGCAGUUUCUAAAGACAUAGAUAGAUAACGGGUCGAAG